GUAACCCUCAACCGAACAUACACGUGGUAUUUUGGUGUGAAGGACGCAGAAGCUUCACAUAACUGGCUCGAAUAGUCCUUCUAUAACAGGGAAAACAGUUUACACAACGACAAUCAGUGGAAGCAUGAGAAACAUGCAGUGAUAUCGUUUUCACACAAGUUAUCUUAUGAUUGAAGAAUGCAUAUCGCCGAUUUCGCGGCAGGAUCCAUAGGAGGGGCAUGUGGUGUUGCUGUGGGAUAUCCGCUUGAUACAGUAAAGGUGAGGAUACAAACUCAGAAGCAGUUCACUGGAAUUUGGCAUUGCUUCAUAACAACGUUAUCUAAAGAAGGGGUCCAUGGCUUCUUCAAGGGAAUGUCCCUGCCUGUUACCACGGUUUCCAUGACUUCCUCUGUGGUGUUUGGGAUGUACAGGAACUGCCGUCAGUGUCUCAGUCAGCUGAGGGGAGGAACAGGAACCCCAAACACCAAACCAGAAAUCUUCCUCUCCGGCCUGGCCGGGGGUGUGGCUACGGUGACAGUGAUGUCACCAGGUGACAUAGUGAAAGUCAGGCUGCAGUGUCAGACAGAGUCCAUGCGAGCCAGAAAAGGGGCCAACUUGCCCAAACCCAAGUACCGCGGCCCCGUCCACUGUCUCCUGACCAUCGUCAGAGAGGAGGGGGUACUGGGGCUCUACAGGGGAGCUCUGCCUCUCAUGCUGAGAGACGGACCGUCCUACGCCACCUACUUCCUGACUUACAGCACACUCUGUGAGUGGUUCACCCCGACUGGAAAGAAGGGACCAGAGUGGACAGGGGUGAUGCUGGCUGGCGGGGUGGCUGGUAUGACCGGCUGGACAGUGGGUACUCCCAUGGACGUGAUUAAGGCUCGCCUCCAGAUGGACGGAGCCAGGGAUAUCAAGAGAUACAAGGGCUUUGUCCACUGCAUCACAGAGACAGUCAGGAUGGAGGGGUCAGGGGUGUUCUUUAGGAGCUUGGGUAUCAACUGUCUACGUGCCUUCCCUGUCAACAUGGUGGUGUUCGCUACCUAUGAACUCCUGGUCGGCUUCCUCAGAACACAGCCUGAUGCUAUAGAACCCCCCAAACUAGAGUUUGAGUAGACACUGAGUGAUUAACCGAAAUGUUGGUUCUUUUUUGUUUUUUAAACAACUAAUUGACCAAUUAGUUCAAUUAUUUUAAUUCCAUUUCAUUCGUUUUGUUUCCUGUUAGCUCAAUGCGCACAUCGCACAGUUUCUCUUGAGAUAAAUCCGAUCCCGCCUGAACUGUGCAAUGUACAGUAGUAGGGAGUUGAAAUUUCCAAUAGGUUAGAGCAUAAAACGCUGUAAUUAACUACAAUGACCUAAAUCCAUUGCGCAGAUGACUUGGAAUUAAAUAAUAAAUUAAUCAAAUAAAA